UUUCAUAAUUAGUCACUAGUUCCCGACUGUUGCCGCGCACGGCCAAACGACGCCAUCUUGGAAGUUAAGGAAAGAAUAUGGCGUGAAUAUUUCAACAGGCUGAAGCCAUAUUUGCUGUGUGACAUCCCAAUAUUGCAGAGAUUUUUGUGAAUUUCAAUCCCUAUUUACACAAUGCCAGUUCAGCAAGGAGAACACCCUCUUCAACAUUUUUCUAAUGGCGCUAUUACCGGUUUUGUGAUCGGAGCUGUAGGCUUCGUCAUAACAGUGUCGGUGGUGGCCUACAAAUGCUACAGACGCCGCGUCAUGCGCAAUGCCCAGAACAGGCUUUCUUCAGCUAUCAAGAAGGGGCUCCAGGAAAGCAAUUCGGGAAGCAUGAAGAAGAGUGCGCCGGUCAGAGGCAAGGUUAUCAUGAAGUCUAAAGCCACCAGUCCAAUAACUCCUCCAGAUCCAGAAAGAGAUCCUUUUCAAAGAGGAACAACCCCUCCUGGCUUCUCGCCAACUGGUGGUGACCCAAGUUCAAUCAAAACGGAAGUGUACGUGGAGAACGAAAAGGAUGGAGCUACACCCGAAAAAGAAGACGUCAUGCGCGAGCAUCAUUUGGAAGAAAAGACGACCAAACUAGGUUCUCUUCACUUCGCUGUCACCUACGAUGCGCAGAAGACUGCACUGUUGGUCACAAUGAUCAAGGCGGUUGAACUGCCACCACGUGACCCGAGUUUGGGCGGAUGUGACCCCUAUGUAAAGCUGCAGCUACUUCCGGAAAAGAAGCACAAGUGCAAGACCAGGGUUCUGAGGAAGACCUUGAACCCUGUGUAUGACGAGACCUUCACCUUCUAUGGAAUCAACCUUAACCAAAUACCUGGGAUUACCCUCCACUUUGUAGUUCUUAGUUUCGACCGCUUCUCCCGGGAUGACAUUAUCGGGGAGGUGAUAUACCCGCUAGCUGGGGUGGACGUGAGCGAGAAGGAGGUGCCACUUAGCAAGGAGAUCUCUCCACGCCAUCUCAAGUUCCGGAGCCAAGGCCGCGGUGAACUGCUCGUGUCUCUCUGCUACCAGCCAGCCGCCAACAGACUCGGAGUGGUCGUCCUUAAAGCCAGGAACCUCCCCAAGAUGGACAUCACUGGACUCUCAGAUCCAUACGUGAAGAUCUACCUUCUCUACAACGGACAACGGAUAGCCAAGAAGAAAACCCACGUGAAGAAGCGUACACUGAACCCAGUCUUCAACGAAUCCUUCCUUUUCGAUGUGCCCUACAACGAGGGCCUGCAAAACAUCAGCCUGGAGCUGCUGGUACUGGAUUGGGAUCGCAUGACGAAAAACGAAGUCAUUGGUCGCCUCGAAAUUGGAGCCAAACUCGUAGGACAAGAGGCCAAUCAUUGGAACGAGGUCAUGAAUUGCCCACGGAAACAGAUUGCCGAGUGGCAUAAACUGAAGGAAUAGAGACUGGGCCAAUGUGAAAGACGGGAUGAAAGACUGAGAUUUUAUUUGUGAAAGGAAGCGAUUGUGGUUCAUUUAUUAUACGGAUUGGACAAAACCACCUUCAGACAGUGCUAAAUUUUUAAUCGUCUUGACAGAUUCUCUGACAUGCUUUUUGCUGAUCAGCAACAUACGUUUGAUCCAAAUUAUUAUUACAUUUGUAAUGUCGAUUUCAUAUGAAACAUAUGAAAACAUUCUCAAAGGUAUUAUUUAAUUACAAAUCUUUGAACUUUUCUCGGAACAAUAUCUCCGGUUCAGGUGUGGAUGAACAGUUUAGUAACGUGCAUCGGAUCCAUGGCGGACCCGUUUGGGUGGAAUGUCUUGUGAAAAUACAAAAGCAAUUAGUACUUUCAACUCAUAACUAAACACGUUCAACAUCAAUUGUUUUGAUGAAAAAUCAUGUUUAAUUUCACAGUUGUUUACAAACCGUGCUUAUGAAAAUCAGUUUGUGGUCUUGUAGUAACAAGUUAUAUUUCAGAAUUGUGCAAACAAAUUGUAUGAUAUUUUCAUCUAUCGAUUCGUGCUAAUUUAAAUCUGUCAAUUAUAUUUAAUUAUGUUGUUUGUUUUGUUUGCUUGUUGUUUAACGCCGUUCUCAGCAAUAUACCAGCUAUAUGACGGCGGUCUGUAAGUGAUCGAGUCUGGACCAGCUUGUAUUUAAUUAAGCACAACCCCAACAGUAGUAAUACGUAUUAAGGAUAUAUAGUAGCCUUUGUAUAUUUGUCCUUAACGGAACGUCUUUAAACGUACUACUACCAACAAAAUCAAGCAUCUUAAACAAAUUAAACAUGAUUUCUCGAAGUGACUCGUCACUUUUGUUGCAUUUUGGAAAUUUAAACCAAGACAUUUCUGAUAAUGUAAAUAUUUGUUAUGAUUAUGCCUGUACAAUGCUUAAAACGAAUAGGAAUGCUGUUGAAGUGUGGCUGUAUCAAACAGCCCUCAGUCUGACGUGAGUGGAAAUACAGAGUUAGAUGUAGCGUCGCGCCCCUGUUGCGGUGAUCAAUCACAUUAUUCUCACUGGAGGGUGGGGAAUAUGUUGUUCUUAUGAUUAAGCACAUUCGUCACCAGUCGGCCCUUUCCGUCUCUUGCAAGAAGACUCGUCCCCCUGUCAAUCAAUGUCAUUGUCAAGACAAACCAAUCUGAAACGGCGUAUGACUAUGAUGACUUUGGUCAAAUAACCCCUUCUAAAUAUUUUGCUUAAAGGUAUAUGUGCAUCUAGGUGUAUACCAAAAUGACAGAAAAAAUGUUUUACCACACUAAAUAACAAGCGGUUGUCAAUGGCAUCCGUGUUAUAUUUAUUUCCAUGUAAAAUUACAAAGUCGGAUGUGGUACAACAAACUGAGUUUAUGUUUCCCUAUGCCCUUUUGCCCGGAGACGGAACCAAGUGAAUAAAAUGGCCCCGAGAGAGGCACGAGUCUCCUCAGCUUGUCCCGGAACAGCACGAAUGAUCACGAAUGAAGCAAGUGUUGAGCGGGACAUUAAUGUGACAAAAACAUUAUUAAGCAGCCGCUAUAACUAUAUAUGUACUACAAAUGACCAACGCUGUUCCUGCUAGUUGGUCACAGUGGUUCUGAAUGUCAGCUCAGUGUGACAGCAGCAAUCGUAUCCAUCACCCAAGCUCAAGGAACAGGAUAUAUCUGUUACAGCAUUGUAUUCCAACAAGUGACCAUAACAGUACGGUGUCAUGGUUCUUGUAAGGUGGCUCUAUUACAGCUGUGUUGCUCGUCUGUUAACGUUUCCAUGUUCAUACCGCUUACAUAUCGUUGUUAUAGCUCAAUUUGACAACUGGCAGAUGUCACUUGUGUAUAGGCUAUAUAUAUUCGCUGUAGAUAAAGAAACAUGUUGUGAUAUUGUACGUACCUAAGGGCAUAUAUGAUCCUACAAAGUUCAAUCAAACCCAAUACAAGAUAAGAAUUUCUCAUAACCCUUUCCCUUCUCCUCCCUCUCCUCUUCCUCCACCACAUCCGCUCCCCCUUGUUCUCUCUCCCCUCCCAACCCCUUCCCCCACCUGCUGUCCCAUCUAAAGAAACCCUCACAACGUACCAUAUGUCCCCUAUUUAUAACGAGGUGAAAUUUCAAAUUACCCACGUAACAAGGGGAGAUCACUCUGUAGGAUUAUGUCCAGCUGAGAUUUUGAAGAUACCACCAUUCCGAUGUUCUAUGAAUAUAACCACCGGUAUUUGUUGUGAAUAUGUGAUAUUCUGUUGUUUUUACCUGAGACGGAAGUACAUGUUAUUGCUGUUUUUUAACCGUCACUUCAACGUUUACCGGUUUCCGUAUAUAGACUAACAUGUACACUGCGCAUGCGCAAUGAUAUGCCUUUCCAACUCAUGGGUAAAAUAUCAGGUAAUUUAGCGAGGCAGUUGAAUAUUUCAGUCUAUUAAAGUAAAAUGAUUAAAAUUAAACGAUUUUCCAAAAAAAAACCCAAAACAAACCAACACUUAUUGUGCUUCUUGACCGGAAGCACAAACCAAUGUCAUGCUCAUUUAGCAUUGAAGAUGUUUGUCACUUUUUGUAUGAGCUACGAUCCUCGAUGAUUAUUUUGUAAAAUUGUCACGGAUCUACGAAAUCCCACCGUUUGUAUAUACAAAUUACAUGUUGACGUGUUCUGUUCCCAUAGUGAUCGGUCCUAGUUACGGUCAAUGUUCUACGAUUAUUAUUUUCUGUUUAUCCAAGUCUCCCACUACUUCCUUAUAUACCUGCUCUCUAUCAUCCUUAACGAUUGUUCGUGAAACCAUUCACUUGUUGAACUCAAACAGUAUAAUUACCAAUAGAAAAUACGUUUUGCAUAUGCUGUUGUGCACUGUUACCAAAUGUGACGUACACUAGAGAAUAGCCUUUUCGAAGGUGACACUGUUACAGCGUAUCGAAAAUGCACAUGUACUGUAACGCCAUUGUUCUUAUAGACUGAACACUAUAUAAAUAUAUUUUAUCAUAGAAAUAAUUGUACAAGGAUCAGACCUCUUAGUUACUGUACAUGUAUAUGUAAUUAAUUUACCCUCUCCCGGAUUAUAUUUUGUUACCUUUUGUGUAUCUGUCAUUACCACGUAGAAGAAAAACAUAUGUAAAAUCAUGUCAAAAAUAUAAAUAAAAUCUUUGUAUAUAUUAUAUAUUUAUGUAUAUUUUCAAUCGUUGGGAUAUGCCAAAUAAAUUUAAUGUGAAUAUAAGGAAUAGGCUCCAAAUGUAAUACUCUGAUAACACCAAGAGUACAUACUUUAAAUUUCUCGUGGAUAUACAUUAAUUAUUAACUGUUUAUUUGGCAUAUCUCCAUUAGUUAUAGUGACGUCUAUAUGGCUUAUCUAUCGUGCAGAUAUGUUGGAACACUUAGCAUAUUAAAGGGUCAUUAACGAGACAACAACACGUUGGAAGGUAUGUUUUGCCACGGAGGAAAAAUGAUGAUAAUUUUGCGAUCGAGAUCACAUUUGUCAAAUGCGUUAUAUGCUUUGCCUAUAUGAUCAGGGCUCUUGGGAAGAUCAAAGCAUGUUAGCUUCAUUUGUGUAGAAGGAAAUGGUGUUUCUUAAUAUACUCUUUCAUUUCCACAGAGCAAUGCAAUACAAACACAAACAGACUAGCUACCUGCACUGUAGGGGGAGAUUACUGUGGCCAUGCCGUGCCAUGUUUGCUAUCUAACACUCAUUUAGAAUUAUACAGCUGCGUCAUACUAUUGGGUACAUGUACGAAUACUGUUGUCAUGGUGGUAACAUCCAAACUUUGCAAUCUUCAUAAUUUACAAUACUUCUUCUUAGUGUUGUAUUCUUAGCAUGUAUUGUGGAGUUGGAUACUAACAUCCCGAUUUAAAACAUCUAUAAAAGAAGUUGAUCAAACUGGUACACAACUCGAUAUCGUGUCUUAUAUACAGAACAAAAAAUGUUAGGGAUCAUGCAUUUUUUUUAGGGAUAUCAUUUUGUAGUGCACACAGGGUACACAAUUUCAUUAAAAUAUCCAAAAAAUGUUCAUAUUCCCUAAUGUUUUGUUAAAUAUACAUAAAACCCCAACUAUUCGAACUAAAACAUGCCAAUAAUUAUAUUACAUGUUUUAAAACAAAAUUGCCUGAGAACAUCUGGUUGUAAACAUUCUUAGACGAGAGAUGUGACGAUCACAAUGAUAGAUGUCUAUCAACACUUCUAUAUUCCUAUGAAAGAGUUUAUUAGAACCAGGCAUAAUUGUAAAUACUUAUAAUACUGUAAAAGCCACCGACAUUCGUAUCCAACUCCACGCUGAUGUUGAACACUGCAUGGUGUGGUUGUGGUUAUUCAUCACGUUCAGAUAGAUAGCAUCCAUGGUGGACGUCAGCUGACCGUUACACAACUGGUUUGUGGCUACUCCGGAGUUACAUUAGUAUGUCAUCCAGCGGUAACGAUUCCGUGUAAUAAAGAGAGCUAUUCUUGUUGAA